GUGUAAACCUUUGUUGAUUGCGUGAAGUUGUGUUUUCACCACAGGACGUAAUUUCGGCCGUGUGUAUAGUGACUGUGGAUUGUUUUGGAUUUCUUUUCACGAAUGUAACUGCCGUAAACUUAAGAUGCAUGCAGAAUUCUUUCGUUAAAUGUGCAUAUCCGAAGAAGGUGAGGCCAAAGGCGGGACGCUGUUUUCUAUAUCCCGCCGGGUGCCGUCGCCAAAUUUUCAGAAGAAUGUGACUGUGUGAAGUGCUCAUACGUUUCGUGUGCUAUAGGCUAGACCUGAGUUUAUUUCAGAGUGAGAGUGUAUUACUUUCGUUUUAUAAACCCUCAUGAUGAAGGAUAACGAGGCGGUAUCGCAGGCGACGUGGGCCAAUUGGAUCUUGGAGGCAAUCCGAAAGAUCCGUAGCCAGAAACAAAGGCCGUCGGUAGAGAGAAUUUCCCAUGCAAUUAGGCAGCAUCAUAGUUAUCCGGAGGAAGUUAUUGCCGAAAAUUUAGAGCUCGCAGUUAAGGAGGGUACAGUGUUAAAAGUUUUUAACAAGGGCCAGAGUUCGUACAAAGAUCCUGGCGGAGUACAGAACAGGCAGCUGCUUGUUACCAAAGGAACAGAUUUAACGAAAGUAGUGGUAAAAGCAACGAGAGAAUUAAAUGAAAGAGAGGGCUCUACGCUUAAAAGCAUUGAAAAGUACAUUCGCCAGUCUCAUGCCGUUAACAUUACGUCUGAUGAUGUAGACUUCCGUGCAUUAUUGCGCAUUUCAUUGAAGCGUGCCGUGGCUCGGGGACUUCUUUCGCAGGAUGGCAGAUUAUUUCGGCCUGCUACGUACGGUCCUGGUGGAAUUCCAAAACGUUAUGCCGAUGGAUCGCCUCCCAAGCAGCGCAGGGCACCAAGUCCAGAACCAAAGCCUUCGGCGCCACUGCCCAUUUGUGGGGAAUGCUUGGGCACGGCGUCGCGCAACAAGAACGGCCGUGCGGAGGAACUGCGCAAGUGUGCCGGCUGCGGGAGCUCGGUGCACCUGUCGUGCCUGGCGCAGGAGCUGGCCACCGUGCUGUCGGCGGGCUCCACGUGGCACUGCGAAGAGUGCCGCACCUGCGCCGGCUGCGCCCAGCCCAAGGACCAGCUCUGCCUUGUGAGUUGCUGCUCUUGUGAGCGGAGCUAUCAUGCUGAGUGUUUGGACCCUCCUUCGGAGAGACGCCCAAAAAGCCCUUGGCGAUGUAGGCACUGCCUUGCUCAGCAACAGCAGCAGCAACCGGAACAAAAUCAGGAACAGCAAGUGCAGCACCACACUAUUAAGAAGCCACGCAAGAUUGAUGUUGCCAGCAGUGUUAUAAAGAAGUACUCCAAAGUCAGAGAAAAAACAAGAGACAUAAAAAAUUACAGGUUAUUGGCAGGUGUUCGGGCCACGAAAGAACCUGCUGCAAGUACUGCAACCCCCAGCAAGAAAGGAAAACGUGUAUCUGAUCAGUCUCCCGCUAACGACUCGAGCUCUGGCUCAGAGGAGGGUAAUGACACAGCCGCUACCAGCUGUUACUCCUCUUCCUUCCUCUCUCAAUCAUCUGGUGGCUGCGGUGGUGGUCCACACCUAUCCUCAGGGCCUGGGGAACAAAGCAGUAGGGAACAGAGCAGGCUUGAAGAAAAAAAUGAUCGGAUCUCUAAGGAGAAGCAGAAAUUUUUCCGUUCUAGUGCAUUUUAUGCUGUUCACAAAUCGAAACGGGUAGCAUCUCAGCAUCAGGGCACAGGAGCAAUGUCUGUUGCGCAGAAAGUCAGUGUGGGGCCAGUUGUAGGAGGACAUUGUACCAGUAGCAGUAGCAGUAGCAGUAGUAGCAACAACAGCAGCAGCAGUAGCAGCAGCAGCAGCAGCAGCAGUAGUAGUGAGGAUGAGUCAGACUCGGGAGGCUCGAGCACAGAGAAGGGUAAAAGUCCAGCCAGCGCAGUAGGUGCCCUUAGUGCCUCACCACAGGCAAGCAGAGUGAAAGUUAGUACCUCUCUGUUUCACCCAUCACCUCAGAGUGUGCAGAGGCCCAGGCCUUCUAGGACUUUCCUGUCCCCAAUUACCAGUGUCCCAUCCACAACAAGUAUCAGAAGCUGUGCACCUUCCAGCAGCCCUCCUUGGGGUUUUGCUGCAGCUGCUGCAGCCGCAACUGCCGCAGUAACAGCUGUUGCAGCUUCAAAAGAAGAUAAGAAAGAUCCUCCCAGUACAAAACUUGCUGGACCUGUAGAGCCCAAGUUGCCAUCGUUUCAUGGGAGAACAAAUGUAGAAGAUACGAAGCAGUCGGCAAACACGUCUAUAGCCAGCUGCUUGAAGCAAGUCGCACCACUUAGACAAGAAACUUCCUCACAUGAAAAGAGGACAUCGACAAGUGCUUACAGAGUACAACCUGGGUUUGGGCAGUUAAAGGGUCUGUUUGAUGGCCUGAGUCAUUUAUUUACAGCACCUUCUCACAACAGAAAACGGACUGUGGGUAAUGUGAACUAUAGUCUCAGCAGGCGGAAGAAGGACAAUAAAGAAAAAGUACAACCAAAGCCUGAAGAUAAAGAAGUUCUGUCUCGUGAAACAAAAAGGGCUACUCUCGAGACUGCCCGAAAUGAUACGGCUUUUGUAAAUACGACAAGAGAUGUCAAAAAAUCACUUGCCAGUACAAGAUCAGAUGGUGUCUCCCCUAAACAAAGUGUUACAGGUCCAAGUAAACAAAAUUCAGCUUUCCAGCGUGACUCUACAGCUUCUGUCUCACCUGUGUUACCUCCAGUGAGUGUACCUUCCAGUAAUAGAAAAUUUGCCAGACUUGGUAUUUUUGCACCCAGCAGUGAUUCUGAACAUUCUUCAGCUGCAUCCGUUUCUUCUACAUGGAGUCAAAUGACACCAUCUCGUUUAGUGAAGACAGCUGUCAGUAGCAAGAGCUUAGAACAAGAGAGACGAAGAAUGCUGAAAGGAGGUGCUUUCUUUGAAGGUGGUCUUAUGUCUGGCUUAGGAUUGUUUGGAUAUAUGGUGGGACAUACUCUCCCUUUUCCCUUUCUCCAACCAUCAUUGUCUCAGCCUUCUCAACAUUCUCAGGAGGACCCAAAAUUGAGAAAACGUCAUCUCUCAGAGGAAGCCACCCAAACCCACCAUCGCUACCACCACCAUCACCACCACAGAUACCAUCCAGUACCAGUGCCAUCCACAUCCAUCGUGCUGCCACACAAGCAGACGGAUGAAGUUGUUCCUGAACCUAAGACACUUCCUCCAGGUGUUACACAGAAGGAUGUGACAUUAUACAAAGAAACUCGUGAAAAAGCAAAUUCAGCAACACCAGCGGUAUUACCUAAUGUGGAUGCACCAGCCACAUCUAGUGGAGUAGUUUCUCCUUCAACAGCAGCAGCCCAGCAGAGGUGCCCUGCUGCUAUUGAAUUUGGCCAGUAUGAGAUACAGACCUGGUAUUCCUCACCGUACCCGCAGGAAUACGCCAGAUUACCAAAACUCUUCCUCUGUGAGUUUUGCCUUAAAUACACGAAGAGCAAGGCUGUGUUGGAAAGGCAUCAAGAUAAGUGUACUUGGAGACAUCCUCCAGCGACAGAAAUCUACCGUCACAAAGAUCUCUCUGUUUUUGAGGUGGAUGGAAAUGUGAACAAAAUCUACUGUCAAAACCUCUGUCUCUUGGCAAAGCUGUUCCUGGAUCACAAAACUCUUUACUAUGAUGUGGAGCCAUUUCUGUUUUAUGUGUUAACCAAAAACGACAAAAAGGGAUGCCACCUUGUAGGUUACUUCUCAAAGGAAAAGCAUUGUCAGCAGAAGUACAAUGUAUCGUGCAUAAUGACAAUGCCACAGUACCAAAGGCAAGGCUAUGGAAGAUUCCUCAUCCAUUUUAGUUACCUCCUGUCAAAGCAAGAGGGUCAACCUGGCACUCCAGAAAAACCAUUGUCAGAUUUGGGUCGUGUCUCUUACCAUGCGUACUGGAAGUCGAUAGUACUGGAGUAUCUGGAUCAACAUCGUAAUGAGCCAUUUUCUGUAGAUGCUGUUUGCCAGGAAACGGGAGUUUAUAGUCAUGACGUGGCAGCAACUCUACAAAUGCUCGGGAUGGUCAGACGCUGUCCUGAUGGCCGUCUCAUACUUGCUAUUGACUGGGCUCAAGUUGAUACCCACGCAUCACGUGUUCGUGCCUCCCGUACCCGCAUACCUCUGGAUCCAGAGUGCCUUCGGUGGACUCCUCUUGUUGCAACAGUUCCCACCAGGGAUGAUGACAAAGAGGAUGAUACGGAAUCUAAAGGGGAGAACAAUGACAGUCAGGAGGACAUAGCCAAAAGUGAGAAUGAAGAGGCUAUUGAGAAGAACACAGUUGUUGCAGAUAUGAAGGAACAGGAGACUUGUAAUCCACAGCAAAGUAAAGAUGAUCUGAAAACUAACGAAGUGAAAGAGGAGCUCCAACAGAGUCAAAGUCAGCGAGGCAGGAAACGGAAGACCCAAGUUCGCUUUAGCCCAAGCCCGACACCAGCUCCCACUCCAGCAACUACUACAUUAGAAACGAGUAACAGUGCCGAAAAUGAUAAUAUCAAUAAAACACCUAUUGUGCAGAAACGAAAAGUCGGAAGGCCACCUAAAAAGAAGUUAAUAGUUGACGCAGAAGUAAAAGUUCCUGAUGUUCGGCCACAGCCAUUUCUUGAAGUGCGAGCUGGGAAAAGAAAACGAUCAGGUUUUGAAGCAGUGACUGAUAAAAGUGGUUUAGAUGAAGAACCAGAUAGAAAAAAACUGAAAGUCGAGAAUGUUUUAAAGGCCAGCAGGCUAUUGGUUCUAAAGACAGAGACUGCUGCAACUGAGGAGGCUGCAAAAAGCCCACCUGCCAAGGCAAGCACCCAGACCCAUUCAGACAGUGGUUCUAAUAAAAAUAAAAGUAGUAGGCUGCUUGUUGAAGAAAGCCCUACAAAAUCUAGGUCAAAUGGUAGGCCAAAUCAGGUGGAAGAGAUUAUUCCUAAACAGAAAGCAAAUACAAGACAGAAUUCAGGAGAUGAUUUACUUGUAAAGCAAAAAAGCUGUUCAAAAUUAAAUCAGGUUGCUGAACCUUCAGUAAAAGAAACUCACAGUUCAAAAUCACCGGAUGACUAUACAAAAACAAAAACUCCUUGUAAACCUUCUACAACUGACGAGAGUACUUUAAAAGGAAAAUUCAGUGCAAGACUUAGUCAUAAAGAAGAAUUAUCUACAAAAUCAAAAUUAAAUAGCAAGAUCAAGACAGAUGUUUCUCAUGGCAAAAGCAAACUGGGCUUGAGGCAGCAACCACAACAGAUAGGAAGGGCUGCUGGGGCUGCAUCUAUGAAGCUGAAAAGCAGACGGUCAGAGUUUGAUACACCUCUUCGAAAUCCUGGAAGGCGUAGAAUAUUAUCAGAAGAAACCAAGGAUGUGCAGAGUAAUACAGUUCCUCAGACACAGAAAGAAGACAGACUGAGAAAGGAACCAAGUGAAACACCUCCAGGGCCAUUGCCGAGAGGCCGGAGAAAGUCACAAGCUCUACAAAAUUCUGUUGAAAAGGUGGAGCCAAAAAGAGAGAGAUGGUCACAGCGAAGGGAAAAGAGACUGCGCCUAGAAGAAGCUUCAAAGAGCACCUCAGAAGAUGUUGAAGACUGUCCGAUGCCUGAAUUGAAACCUGAAGUCCAAUUGGAAGGUGUAGGAGUGUUAAGGGAAACAGCAGUACCUCCUCCAUUGUCACCACCCCCUCUGCACCAGCAGCUAAGUACUGAUCUCCCUGAGAGAACCAAGAGGGCUGUGCAUUCCGGUGAAAAGAAGAAACGAGGGUGGAAAAAAGGCCGGCCCCGCCGUAAUCAUGUACCAGAACCAAAGUCUCCCAAACCACCGAAGUUAAAGAAGAAGCGUUUAAUGAAGCGUUAUACUGGGGAGGCAUCGGUGACAUCAGUGAAGUUAAAUGAUUCUGAGAAGAAAAAUACAAAUGCUGUGAUAAUUUCUGAAUCUCAAGUUGAAGAAGGAAAAACUUGUGACAAAGAAGAGAAUGUGGAUGCUAUAAAUAAAUCUGAAGUUCCAGAUACAGACCCUGAAGUUUCAGAACCUAAAGAACAAGAAUUGGAACGAAGUUCUGAAGAAGAUAAGGGAAACAUUACCAACAUUGUCAGUGAACAGGAAAAGGCUGAUGAAGUUGAACCUGUGAAGGAUAUUGUUGAAGAGAAGGAACAGAGUGAAGCACCUCUGUUGGAAGAAAAAACAGAGGAGGAAACAGUAAAUCCCUCCCUUCAAAAGAAUGAAGAGGAAAGUGCGAAAGAGCUCUUGACAACAGUUGAAAAAGAGCCCCUAGCAGAGGAACAGAGAGAGAAUGUAAAAUCGCCAAGUGUGGAGCUGGUUGAACAAGAUACUGAAAAGUUCUCAGCUCAAGAGUCCAAAGAUGAGCCUAAGUCUAGUGCAGAAAUUGAUGAACCACCGCCUGUUCCUUGUUCAAAAUUGGCCUCUGAACCUGAGAAAGAAGAUGUAAUACUUCUUGAAACAAAUGAGGAGGAGGAAGAUAAAGAAACUGACAUGCAGCCUAUUCAGGUGAAGACAGAUCUAGAUGAAGUGGAUCUUACUAAAAGUGAUGAAAAACAUCAUGAUCAUUAUGAGGAGGGUGAUAAUGCAAGCAUCACAGAAAAUAAUGAUGUUGAUGCUGUUAUGUUAGUUGAAUGUAGUGAUAACAAGGAGAAUAUGAGUGAUAAAUCACAGGAUUGCUGCAGUGUUUCAGGUGCUCCCUCAAAAAAUGAACCUGUGGAAGGUAAUGAGCUGGAUGAUAGAAAUGAACCAUCACAUAAUGAAGCAAGUUCACAGGUUGAUACAUUAAAAGACACUGAGAGCAAAACACCUGGUUCACCUCAAGCUGUUAUAAUAUUAGAGGAGAAAGAACUUAAUUCAAUGUCAACUCAGACGCAUUCCAGUUCACUUGGUAAUAUUAUGGAUGACAGUAGUGAUGGCUCCAAUUGUGGUACUGUUGAAGUCAGUCAGUCGUCGACCAUGCUCAGUAAUGAAAUGAGCCAACAAGACCAAGCUGACAGUGGUGCACCGUCCGGUGAUGACAAACAGUCAUCACAACAGUGUGAAGUUGUUGAAAUACCUAGUGGCAAUACAACACCUCGUUUAGAUAAUAGUGUUGAGACCAUUCAACCAGCAACACCUCUUAAUCCGGGAUCUGUAAAACACACACCACCAACACCUUCGCAGCCGGAAAUACCUAGUAUGGGAGUCUAUACUCCAGAUUCAACAACAAACUCUGUGCAUUCUCUUCAUGGGUAUGGUCAGUGUGAUCUUGACGUCAGUCAGUUGGGGUUAGAAUCUCCUACUUCUAUAUCUUCAAAUGAUAUGACAGCACAGAACUCUGUUGAGACUCCAAGACCCCCUUCAGUUCUUCCUCAGACGGCCAGUCACACAACACAAACUUCAUGCCAGCAGACAUAUUCUGAGUGUAUACAGCACCAGCCACAACAGCAAAUUCAACCAUCCCAACCACAACAACAACAACAACAGCAGCAGCAGCAGCAGCAGCAGCAACAACAACAACAACAGCAGCAGCAGAUACAGCAACAUCAAACUCAGCAGCAGCAGCAGCAGCAACAACAACAACAACCACAGCAGCACCAGCAACAGCAGCAGCCACCUCCACCCCAGCACAGUAUGCAACAGCUCCAUCACCAGCAGCAGCAGCAGCUAGUGCCUACUUCCUUAGGCCAGCAGCAACAUUUGGCAAUCCAUAUUCCCAUAUCACAACAUCAACAAACUCAGCAUACUAUUCAGGUGCAGCAGCCUCAAGCUAAGACUCAGCGACAGAUGCAACAUCACCGCACUAAGUCCAGUACUGGCACACAGCAUAAACAUUCAAGCAAUCCAGUACAAACACAGAGGUCUACUCCACCAUCUGUGCAGCAGCAGACUCAACAACCACCACCACAACAGCAGCAGCAGCACAAUCCCACACUUCAGCAGCAGCAUGCAGCUCUCCAGCAACAACAAUCCAGGCAAAGAUCUACACCACCAUCAGUGCACCAUAUGGCAAGCACAUUAUCGCAAGCAGCUCAGCAACAGCCUCCACCACAGCAGUUAUCACUGCAAGCAAUUCAUCAAACAACUUACCACCCACAUCAUCACAACAUCAUAUCAUCCCAAGCGAACUACAUUAGUGUGCCACAAAUGGCAGUGAGUUCUCAGGCCUUCCAGCCAAGUGCAGCUGGUACUUUUGUAAGCAUGCCAAUGACAACAGUGAUCCAGCAUCGUGUUGCUGCAGCCCAGCAAGGUGCUGGAGUUGCUGCUCAUCGCACGGCUCCUGCCUGUUCCGUUACAGCUCCUGCUAAUUUCACUACGAAUUUCUAUGUGCAGACACCAGCUGCCCAUCCGCAUUCUCACACCCCUGCACCUGUUCCUGCACCCACACCUACACCUGCGCCAACUCCUGCACCAACACCCACACCACAGGCAGCCCCGCCAUCUGGUGGUGGGCAAGGUAAUGCUGCUUCUUCGUGUAGCCUUGCAAAGUUGCAGCAACUGACUAAUGGUCUGGAGGCUAUACCACAGAAUGCCUGUGGUACCAUGACUCCUCCUCCACCAGUUGACCUGACACCACCUCCUCCCGUCCCAUCUGCUCAUCAUCCACAUGCAGCCAUGACUCCACCACCUGCAGCGACUCACCAGAUGAUGCAGCAGCAAGCUGUAAGGAAUCUGCCAACACCACCUGCUGCAGUUCCCAAUAUACAAACACAAAUGACACUUGCUGCUGCUAAUUAUUACAAGUACCACCAAUCUAAUGUGAAUGUGAGCAAUUUGGGGGCUGCUGUGGCACCACCUGUUGCAACAACUGGAGGUCGCACAUCUCGAACUCCUGCUGGCACUGGUGUCGCAACAGUCCAACAGAUGCAAGCUGCUCCUGCCAGAGUUAGUCCCAAUGUCACAAUAAAUCCUAAUUUGGUAGCAGCAGCUGGUUAUGGAACUUUAAAUGGUUAUCGAAUGGCAGCUCAGCAGACACCUGGAACUGUUGCAGGUUAUAUAACAAAUACAGCAGCUGCAGGUUUUAUCAACCAGGCACAAAUUCCUAUGCAAAUGGGUGUGAUGAAUAUGGCUCAGACGCAGUAUCAGGAUCCUGCAGCUAUUCAGAGGGCUGCGCAGCAAAAUACUAUGUACACUACAUAUGGCUAUAUAAAUGGCAGCAUAAUGCAGCCACUUAACGGGACUAUGCGUCGGUAGGACCAGUAGUUUGGCAUGGCAUUUUCAAGUUAAAUUUUGGUUGGAUUCUCAUUGCCAUGCACAACAUUUAAAAGGACAGUCAUGUAAAGUGAAAUUGUAAAUAAUGUAAUAUUGUUACACUGGUAUUGUACAUUGUAUUAUGUCCACAGCAGUAUGGAGUUGCCCUUCUGUAAUAUUUGAUCUCUCUCUCUCUCUCUCUCUCUCUCUCUCUCUCGCUCGUGUGUGUGUGUGUGUGUGUGUGUGUGUGUGUGUGUGUGUGUGUGUGUGAAAAACAUUUAAGUGUGCAGUGCAAUGCAUGGUAGCUGUUGUGCACUUACUGACAGUUACAUCAGACCUGUUUCCUGUUUAUGUUAUUAAACACUUUACUUGUAUUCUUAAUGCUAAAGUGUUUUCUCCCACCCGCUCCUCUCCCCUUGUUAUAUCACUAAUUCUUGAAAUUCUCAUAUGCCUAAAAAUUAUUAUUUUGUCAGUACAUAGCUCUUGAAUGAGACAGAUUGCAGCAAGUAUCACCAGAGAAUAAUUAUACUGGCUCAUAUUACAGUUUUAGUGUAAGUUUCAAUCAUUAAGAAUCAUAAUUGAGUCUAUUGUAUCGUCAUUUCAUUUCCAACAAAGGACGAUCAUUCCAGGCAGAGAUCUAAUGAAUACCCUGCCAAUACAGUAAGUGGCUACUGCUGUUUGUUCAGACAUCCAUUGUGUUUCAACUACUAGAAGAAAAAAAGUAAUAGAGAGAUCUGUUGUGGAAGGUUUUGUAGUGAAUACGUAUCCCAUUAUUGAUGUGAUAUUUUUGGUCCAAAUUGUAGAAAUUGUUAUACUCUAAUUUUGUAGCUUGAAAAAUCCUGCAUUUUUUGCAGUUUUCCAUAAAAAUAUUUUGAAUAUAAGAAACUCAGAAAUUGAAGAUAAUGACCAUUCGGUGAUACAGACUGGAACAGAGCAGGAGUCUAUUCCACAAAAUGACUGAAAUAGGUUAGAAAAUGUUGCUACAGUUUGCUUUAUAAUCAUAACUGGAAAAAACACAAACAGUUAUUUGUGAAGGGAAUUGUAGGCUAUUUCUUCCGUUUUUUAGUUCUUAGGUUAUAUUAUUACUGCCUUUUCGUUGGUGUAUACUGCACAAAAAAAAAAAAAA